AUGGUCGAAAAGCUCUACGUUACCUACAAUGAUGUGCACAACCUGUGCAAGGAGUCGGCCGACCGGCUGCUCGCCGACUUUCAGCCCCAGCUCAUGAUUGCCAUUGGCGGCGGCGGCUACAUUCCCGCCCGCAUCUUGCGCUCCUUCCUCAAGCAGCCCGGCUCCCCCAACAUCCCCAUUCAGGCCAUUGGCCUCUCCCUCUAUGAGCAGCUCGGCGAGGACCCCGAAGUCGAGACGCCCGGCACCAAGGUGACGCGCACCCAGUGGCUCGACCUCACCGCGCUCGGCCACAUGAAGAACCUGGUUGGCAAGCGCAUCCUCAUUGUCGACGAAGUCGACGACACCCGCACCACACUCGAGUACGCCGUCAAGGAGCUCGAAAAAGAUGUUGAGGAGGCCCGGCGCAAGAUGCCCGACGGCGACGCCCAGCCCAAGACGGAGUUUAGCAUCUUCGUCCUACACAACAAGGACAAGCCCAAGAAGGGAAUUCUGCCCGGCGACAUGGUGCCUGCCCGCUACCACGCCGCGCGCACCGUUUCCGACGUCUGGAUCAACUACCCCUGGGAGGCCAUCGACAUUGAGGAGCAUGACAGGAACUCGGUGCCCAGUCAGUAG